AUGCAGGGGAGAAGGCCAAGUUAUGAUGAUGGUCAGCAGCGAGAGGAGAGGAAGAGACAGGGAGUGAUAACGGAUCUGCAGGCGAGUCACCCCNGGGGGAGGAGGGUAGCAGGGGCGAGGAAGGAGGCCUGUNAUUGGCGCGACAGGAUCACAGCAUCCUGGGGAAGCGGUUUCCUGCGCACAAGGGUAGCAGAAGGAGGGGGAGAGGCCAGAGAGGUAUUAGAGGGCGGCAAAUGGGAAGAAGGAGAGGUGACAGGACCAGCAGCGGCAGCGGAGGUGGAGGAAGCAGAGGAGGGAGGUCGAGGAGGAGGAGGAGCUUGGCCAAGCGCCGGGGUCAUCAGACACAGGGAAUGGAGACUGAUGAUAAGUCUGGGACAAGGAAUGGAGAUGAUUAUGGGGAAUAGUGGAUGGAACGGACCCAUUGGACGGGGAAAAUCGGGCGAGAAGGGCGAAGGGGAGAAAAAAGGAGGGCGGAUUGAAAGGGGCGGAGAGUGA